GCCGAAUGGCGUCUUGCAAGUUACGGAAAGAAGCGAGCGGUGACGAAUGAUUUCUAACAAGUAUUGUGAUUGGUUGAAAGAGCACAGGGAGCCAUUUUCAAAACAGUUUAUCAACAAAAUCGUAGAAAUAAUGGACAAGAAACAGACCAAAGUGAAAGUUGUGAUUCGUGUUCGUCCGUCUUUAAAAGAAGAUGCUAAGAUGUGUGUGAGUGCAGGUACAGACUCGGUGGAAAUAUUCAACCAUAGAAACAUCAAAGAGAACAUCAAAUAUGAUUUUUCCAGUGUAUACGAUUCAUCCAGCUCCCAACAGCUCAUAUACAAUGAAUGCAUAAAGAAUCUACUCCAUCGCAGCUUAGAUGGGGAGAAUGUUUCAAUAUUUGCAUAUGGUCCAACAGGGGCAGGUAAAACCUACACAAUGCUUGGUUCUCCAGCAGAUCCCGGUGUUAUCCCCAGAGUUAUCAAUGGUCUCUUCCAGACUAUUGGUAGGAAGACCAAGGACAUGGGUGCACAACCCCACUCAUACAAGUUUGAGGUUGCCUUCUCUUAUCUGGAGAUUUAUAAUGAAAAGGUUCAAGACCUGCUGGAACCAAGAAACUGUGACCUCCCAAUCAGAGAGGAUGGAAAUCAUAAUAUCUUUGUUGCUGGCCUCGCUGAGAAGACAAUUCAGAAUUUUGAUGAAUUCAAGAAUCUUUUUGGCCCGGCCUCAAAUAACAGGACUGUUGCAGCCACUAAACUCAAUGACAGGUCAAGUCGCAGCCACAGUAUCCUGAUGUUGAAGGUUCGGAAGACACAGCAGUGUGCCCCCUUCAGGGAAUACCAGGGCAAGAUCUAUCUCAUUGACCUUGCAGGAUCUGAGGACAAUCGCAGGACAGGCAACAAGGGCAUUAGACUGAAGGAGAGUGGUGCCAUCAACAAGUCUCUGUUUUCCCUGGGAGAGGUGGUAGAUGCUAUCAACAGUGGUCUGCCACGAAUUCCUUACAGAAACAGUAAGCUGACUCGCUUGUUACAGGAUUCCAUCGGUGGGUCGUGUCAUUCCAUCAUGAUCACCAACAUCGCCCCUGAGGAGCACUACUACUACGACACCUACUGCACCCUCAACUUUGCCAGUAAGAGCAAGAAGAUCGUCAACACCAACACUAUGUGUGUGAAGGAAGCUCCAGUUGUGUCAGCAGUAAGUCAUCAAUCCAAACUGAAGAGAAGUAACUCAGCACCUCUCCACACAGUUGGGAAAAAGGCCAAACUGUCUCCAUCGUCUCCCCCCGUGAGUGCCGAGGCCCCAGUAUCCAGUGACCCUGCUCCACUCCUCAGUCCACUGAUGCGGCGACAGAAAAACCUUGAGCAGACAGUCAACAGUCGCCUUCAGGAGAUGGAGCAAAACAUCCUCCGCCACAUCCAACAGGUAGCAGCACAAUCCACCAACACUUCCCAGAGGGCACCUGUCUCCAUGGAGACCAUCCACAAACAACUGUCAGCCUUCCAGGAUCAACUCAAACAGCUAGGGCAGUCAACAACAAAGACAAACAAGGCAAUAGACAGUACCACAGAUGAAGAGAGAGGGAGAAAGGAAACAGAACGGAGACCAAUGAGGGAUACAACGAACCAGCAACACAAGAUGAAGGUGGGGAAGAAGAGGUCUGUGAAGGAUGGUGACGACAUCACCUGCAGUCCCCUGUUUAUUGAUCCUCCCAGGCUCUUCAAGAAAGGCUUCAAGUCAACUGGGUCCAAGAGGAACAUAUUUGAAGAGGAUGACAUAGCUGAGACCAAAGCUUUAGAGAGACUGGCUGAAAACAAGGGGCCAGCACACCUACUCAACACAGAGGCACAGCGUAAACACAAUGCUGAAUUCCUGCAUCUUCUCAACUCGUCAUCAGCGAAGGAGCUGCAGCAGCUCCACACCGUGGGCAACAAGCGGGCGCGGCUCAUCUUUGAGUGGCGUGAGCUGCAUGGCCUCUUCACCAAGAUUCAAGACUUGAGGGGUAUUCCUGGCUUCACAGAGAAAUAUGUACAGAAUCUGUUACAUAGCAAUAUGGUGUCCCUGGCUGUAUAGAGAAACUGAUAAUGUGGAAAUCAUUUUUACUGGACUGUAUUGAAGUGGUGCUGCUCACACCAUCUCCCCUCACCUACAAGCACUUGCAGCUUGGGGCAGCCAUACCUGGGAUUGGAUGCUCACAACAGACCAGUGUCAACACGGCCAUGGCCAACUAUCUUGACUACCGACUCUGUCUGGCUGUGUGUGUAUGUGGGACAUCAAGUCUUGUGAUAGUUGGUUCCUGCAGGUGCAACUCAUACACAAUCACUUUUUCAUCAACCCAUUAAUGUUGUUCUUCAACUCCAUGAAAUGUACAAACAAGGAGGGUUUUCCUUGAAAUUUACUGGAGGUCCCUAUGGCUCUAAAUAAGAUGUUUAAUGGAACAACUACACGAAACUUCUUAUCAGUACUUUAAGAUUGUUGGAGAUUUCAUUCACAUGGCUUCUUUUGUAAGAUGCCAACAAAAUGAUUGCCAAGCUGAUCAAACAUUGAACCAUGCAAACAUCCAUUUCUUGGUUGACUGAAUACACAAUGUGGAGGAGUUGAUUUUCAUUUACAUGGACUAUUGUGCCAUAUACACAGAAUUCAUGCAUUGGGGAAACUCCUGUCUAUGUAGCUCAAGUAAUGCAUACGAUCCUGAAGAUUUAUAGUGCAAGACCAACCAGGGUUGGGCAAAUAUACUGGUCCACUGGACAGGUGCCAGCAAACGAGUCAGGCCAAGCAUUAUCAAGUUGGUCCGUCUAGUGGAAAAUAUGAACUCCAUCUCCUCAUUUACCGAGCAGGAAGGAAAGACAUGAAUCACAAUUUAAAGGUAAAGUUCCUCUGAUGUAAUGUAGUGGUGUGGCAAUGGUCUGCGAGGUUUAGGUAGCACUGGUCCAUAUGGCUACCUGAGAAAAUGAUAUUGUCUAUAGGUCAUGUGUCAUUGUGCAGUCUAGAUGUUUAUCCCAUUAGUGCAGCAGUUUCAGUAGUGGCCGACGGUUGUCAUGUAUCUUGUACAUAACCAUGCAAACACUACACAGUUUAGAGAAAUGAAAUUUAUUAAGUAAAUUAAAUCCUACUAAGAAUGACUAAAUCAAGUUUGAGAACACUUCAAGACAUAAAUGGAUUGCAUGUAUAGGUACUGAUUACAAUCCACGUUUCUGUAUGAAUCUUGUUCAUGUUGGACUCACCAUAUGCCAUUUUUGUUACCAGCAACAAUUGCACAACUUUACUAGGGGUUCUGUAUUUGCACGAUUCUAGUUAUUUCAAAAUAAAUAUCACCCUUUUCCUAGCUGCAAUAUCAUAGCUAUGAAUUGCUCAGCUUUUUUAUCUGUGCUUCACCGAGGCCGAGGUAAUUAACUCCACUCCUUCAUAUUUUAUUACUUUUAUGCUUAUCAAAAAAUUAGUUCCAAUGGAUGAUUUGGCUGUAUUCAAAGGUAAAUGGUUUGGGAACAUGAGGUAUAAAACUUUCCACAACAUUAUGUAACUCACCCUCCAAUAGAGCUUAUGAAUGACGGUGCAGACGUUAGUAGAACCUUACGAUUCAUCUGUGAAUCAUAGCUAACCAGUGAAUGUUGGACAAUAUAAGCAAAGCAGUAGAUAUAGCUACUAUUUUGUACCAUGAGACAUGUAAUAAACUGCCAUCUGAUUGUUUCAAAAUCUUUGCUAAAAUAAAUGGCAUUUGAAUCCCUUAAAUCAACUUGUGAAUUAAUGUUUGUUUAUAAUGUUAUUAGAUGCUAUUUACAAGAUGUCAGAUUCCCCUGAAGCCAUAGCUGGAAUAUUGCUGAUGCGGCUUAAAGCACCAAAGUUGACCAAUGCUAACUAACAGUUACCAUAUGAAUAAAUAGGAUUUUCUGCAUCCCUGGUUGAUGUUUCUAAAGCUACCAAUAACAAAUGCCUCUUCAUUCCAUUCUUAUUUGUAUCCCAUCAGAUCACUCGUUAUCAUGUUUCUUCCACUGGUGCAAUAGCUCAUAAAAUAAACAUAUCUCAUCUCAA